AUGUCCAGUCGCCCGGCUUUGCGGAGAGUCUUGUCGGAGCUGCUCAGCGUGCUGCAGGACUGCCGGCAGCGCAGGGUGUUCAGCUGUGCCGCAGAGGACUCCUGCAUCUACCAGUUGGCUAUGCUGGUCUGCAGUCAGAUUGAUGACAAGAGGUUUGCUGACCUGUACAAGGCCCAGAGGUACCUGAGGCAUCCCAGCCCGGUGAUGCUCUCACUGGUGCUCACGGGCCUCGUCAUACUGUCAAAAACACCCAAAAUGGCCAGGAAAAUGCCGGUGCUGCUGCCGGACAUCGUGGAGAACCUGCCGGCUGCCGACACCAAUGUCACGGUGAAGGCCCUGGUGGUCAUCACCAAUGUGACUCGUCAAAUGAAGUGGGAAGAGGCCAACCACAUCGCUCUGAGGCUGGUGGAGAAGCUCCUGCCACUCUUCGAUGAUGAGUCCAGCCAGGUGCGGGAGCUCUCCAUCCACCUCUUCAAAGAAGUGAUGAAGACCGCGGUGGGGAGCAACACCAGAAACAUGGUGAAGAAAGUGAAGAGUGCCCUGCUCCCACUGUUCUUCCAUAUGAAUGACCAGAACACCAGUGUGGCCAAGGCUUCCCAGGACACCCUCCGUGCCUGUGCAGAGCUCCUGGGGUGGAGGAGGUUCAGCUCCCUGGCUGCAACAGGGCAGACACACCUGAUGAGGGAGUACUUGGAGUUUGCAGUCUCUGCGCUAAAGGAGUUCUUGGCUACAAUGCAAGGAGGAAGCUGCAGUUGGGACAGCAGCAAUCAUGGUGGGCAGCAGGACCCGGAAUUGGGCAACGGGAAUGCCUUUGGCUACUGUCACAGCCAAUCUACAGCAAUCUCCAUGUCACAAGUCCGGAGGUGA